UCCACCUCAUCCUCCCAAAUUGCUGGAAUUACAGGUGUGAGCCCUGUGUCUGGCCCAUGACUAUCAUUUCUUUCUUAUGGUUUAUUGUGGUCACUGCCUAGCUUGUAUCUGAUUGAUCAGGGAACUGAUUCCCUUGUAUCUAUUCUCACCGUUAUCUCCAGCAUACAGAGGACAGCCACCAUAGAGCUGCACCUUUCUGAAUUGGGAAUCAGUCACCAUGAGCAAAGGCACAGCACUGGGAAGGUGGGAAAAGAUCAACUCAAGAUGGUUUAGCACCCUGCCCCUUUCCUGCCAUCCAAUGGGUCUCUGCCCCAUUCCUUCUUUUACUUGUCUCUAAGCGUCUUCCUAGAAUAUCCUUUUGAUUGUUUCCCUUUCCUGCUCAGAUACCUUCCAUGGUAAAGAAGUUUCUAAAUCAUCUUCUUCCCAAACAGUACAUCCUGCAUGUUUUCUUAAUCAUACUUAUACAAAAUAUAAGUAAAUAGGGAAAGGUAACUAUAGUAACAGUUGCUAUUGGAAUUCCUCUUUGGAUUUAUCUGAGAAAGUACCCUAAUAUCUGCCUUGGAUAUAGACAGUGAAAGCCCAAGCAUUAUGGAUCUGGUUAGAACUAAACUGUAGCAAGCAAGGGAGGAGUUUUUCAGGGACUCUGGAAUGGGAGAGAGAGAACAUCGGGAUAGCUGAGAGGAGCCAGGAGUUGGUGAAGUCUUUGCAUUAGGGGAUGUGACCCUUCACAGGCACCCCUCACCCCUGUUUUUAGUAAAAACUACCAAGAACUAGAUGUGUAAGGAUUUCUUAUGGAGGCCAGUAAAAGGGUUAAGUCAUGCACCAGGCAGCUAUGCAGAAAAACAGUCUACACCCAAGGAUGAAGGAGCACAGGAGUAGAGAAACACAUAAGGAGGAAUUCUUGAGACUUUGCUGGAUUAUCGGGGACACUGGGCUGACACAGGUUGUGGGGCUGGGAUUUAGGCAGAGUGUAAUCAGACCACUGAGGGGCAGGGAGUCUCUAACAUCUAAGUUGCAUGCUUGUAUUUUAAAUUUUUGUGAUUUUAGUUUUUGCUUACUCCAUUAGAGUAGAAAAUAAGUAUUUGUUGAAUAAGUUAGAAAAAUGAAUGAAUGAAUGAAUUGCUUUCAGGACUAUGCCACAGAAUGAGUAGGAAAGGACUUUAAGGAUCUAUUAGUUAAACCUGUUGAGCAGUUAGUUCAAUGUUGUUAGGUGCCGAUCUCACUGCCAAUAAUAAUAACCAUUAGCAGCAAUAACAACCGUUGCCGCUAUGAGUGCCUACCAUGAGUCAGACAGUUUACAUUUAUAAUCUCUGUUUUUUUAAACCUUUCAAGAAAAGUGUCAUUAUUGCUACUUUUCAAAUAUAUUGUCCAGAGUUUCUCUAUUAGUGACCCAAAUCUGCCUGUUUCUAAGCCAGGGUGUGCCCACUUCUUUGGCUAUGCUUUUUCUCAGCUCAUUCAUUCCAAAGACAGACCAUUUAACCAUUGGAUCUGGGGUAACAAAGGUGAAUCAGUCAUGAAUCCUUCACCAAAAGAGCUUGCUUUGUAAUAGAUGAAACAGUUUAAUUUUUAAAUCUAGUGUAAUAAGGGUUUAACUAGUAGCACACGGUCAAACUUCUUUUGGAAUGAAAAGAGUAAGAACUGAUGACCACAAAAAAGCAAUUCUGCUUAAACCAGGGUCUCUCACCUUUGGUACUAUUAAAUUUUCAGUACAGGUGGUCCCUGACUUCUGAUGGUUCAACCUAUGAUUUUUCAGCUCUACAACGGUGCAAAAAACAAACAAACAAACAAAAUGUGUUGUCAGUUUGUUCAUCGACUUAUGAUGGAGUUACAUCCUGAUAAAAUAGUGGUUAGUUGAAAACAUUAUAUUUUUUAUUUUACUUUAAGUUCUGGGAUACAUGUACAGAACCUGCAGGUAUGAUGCAUAGAUAUACAUGUGCCAUGGUGGUUUGCUGCACCUUUCAACCUGUCAUCUAGGUUUUAAGCCCCGCAUGCAUUAGGUAUUUGUCCUAAUGCUCUCCCUUCCCUUGCCCCUGACUUGCUGACAGGCCCCGGUUUGUGAUGUUCCCCUCCCUGUGUCCAUGUGUUCUCAUAAACAUUAAUAUUUUCCACUUCAAUGGGUUUAUCGAGAUGGAAUCCCAUUAUAAGUCAAGGAGCCUCUGAACUGAAUAUUCUUCAUUGUGGAGGGCUGUCUUAUGCAUCAAAGGAGGGUUAGCAGCAUCCCUGGCUUCUACCCCUUAGGUACUGUAGCAUACCUUCCUUCUUCCACCGUUGUGACAACCAAAGUAUCUCCAGACAUUGCUAGAUUGGGCAAAAUUGUGCCCAGUUGAGAAUCACUGGCUUAAAAGGAAAACGGCUGUUGCAUGGAUGUGCAAUAACACCUUUAGCCAUUUGCUAAUGACGUCAUUUAAUCAGUUAGGAUUUUUGUUUUGUUUUUAGUAUUUUGCUGUUACAAAUAAAGCUGCAAUGAACAUUGUUUCUUUGUGUACUUGGGCAUGAUACAUUUCUAAAAGUGAAAUUGCUAGGUUAUAAGAUUUUAUAUUUAGGAUUGCGAUAUUGCCUAUUUGACCUGUAAAGACAUUAAACAAAUAGCACUACCUUUACUAUUUUAUUACAAAUAUUCUUUUGAAUUUCCUCAAUUUUUAAACUUUAAUAAGAUCCAUGAAAGUAUGGGUUUAUAUGAUAAUAUUCAUUUUCCCACUAUACAUUAAAAUAAACACAUUAAAUAUUUUUUAAAAAUCCCUCAUGCACAACCAAAAAUAAUCUUUUACACCAAAUAUUGGAACACUCCCUUCACUUUAAAGAUGUGGUAACUGACUAGAGAAGAGUCUUCCCUUCAAGUUUACAGUGAUCUGUAGUCAAUACUCUUUAGAUUUCUUUUUGUUAUUCAGCCAACUGAUUUUGUUUAAGUCAUACUUCUCUAAUUCAUUCAUAUGGGUAUCAUGAAAUAUUUGGCCAAAUGCUCUGUUCAAACCAAAGCACUUCACGUCUUUGAUCUUGCCUUCACCUUGAUAAUUGUUGUAAAAUGUGAGAGGUGUCACACUGCUGCAGGGGUUUAUUCAGUAAAAAAGACAUUUGCAAAUGUCUUUUCUAACUUCAUGAGAACAGGCUAAGCACUAGGGAGGGAUAUUUUCUAAGUAUCCGGGUGGGUGUGUAAAAAUAAAAAGCAAUGGUUGUAUUUUUUUUUUUGACAGCAAGAACUGAAGGAAAAGGAUUGAGAACACACAGAGCGACACGGCACACUGAUUUUCAACAUAACCCCCAUUCAGCAUUUUACUAUUCAUCAUCUGCUGAACAUAUAGAGGCAUAGUUGCCAGCUCUUUGGCACGGUCAUCCCUGCAUUAUGCAGAGGUCAUUCCUGGGCAUCCAUUGUUAUAUCUUGGCAUUCUCAGCAUCAUCAGUCAUUUUUGCAAGGUACAGAGGGGUCAGGUCUGAGAUCUAGCCAUGCUUAAUGCAACAGAAUAGGAAUCCAGAGGAUGACUCAGGUGCAGAUGAGUGAAGUUCAAAUUGGCAGGCAAAUUUGGCUUCUGUGUUAGGUACAGCAUUAGCAGCUAGUGCCCCUAUUAGGAGCUUCAGUGGAAGGCCACAGCCUAGUGGGAAAUCUCAGUGAUGUGAAAUCUUGAGGGGCAGGGGAUGCUGUGGGAGGAGGCUCAGAAGUAGAGAAAGGUAGGCAUUCCACAUCAAAAAGGUUUUCAAAGACAGGAGGCCCUGAGGCUAUAGGGUAUGAGGAACCUAGCACGACAGAGUCAGCACACCCAGGCCCUAGGAACCAACUGUGGUGCCAGCAGUUUGUAGAACAGGAAGAGAAGUCAAAGCAGGGACCAGACCCAGUUACAAGAAUGAGGGCACAAGGUCUAGGAAUGGGGGAACAACAGCAUGGUCAUUGUAGUCAGAAAACGUACCAGGGGUAGUCUAACCAAUGGUACAAGUUGUUGCCAAGCAUGAUCCAGUGUUGGUCUCAGGAGGCAUAAUUAUCUGCUGAUUCAGGUUAAUAUUGGUCCAAGGAAUGGAGGGUGGCAUUGAGCAUGCCAGUGGGACCCAGGUUGCCUCAGUGAUGGUACAGAGUGGGAAUUGUAUCUCAAAUCAUUAUGGCAACAAAACUCAUGUUUUCCUCACUGCACUCAUCAUGCUACUUCUCCAAGAAAGAAAGACAUACACUAGCCCUAGGGAUAGGAUCAAUCUGUUCACUAAAUUGUAAACUCCUUGAAAGCAGAAGCUGUUUCAAGUGCCGAGCAGGGUGUGGCACAUGCUCAGUGAAUAUUUGUUGAAUACGUAAAGAAAGGCAAAGAUGGAUGAAGAAAAGGAGACAUAGUCUUGGUUGGGUGGGGUAUUCUAUCAGGCUUUCCCAGAGUUUCAGUGAAAUACUCCAAAAAUUCUAUACAAUUUGUUGCUUUUAUUCCAUCAUAUUCAAGCAAACUGCUGAUUUAAAACAAUGACUUUCCUGUUCUUCUUCAUACUGGAAAUGAAGGAUAGAUGUUAUAUGAAUUUGAUCACUAGUCAUUGUUUCCCUGUGUUGUGGAUUAUGUUGACAUCUGGUUAAAACCUUGUGGUAGUUCAUGUGGAUGAGAUGAGCGGCAUCAGUCUCUGUGACAAUGGGCAGAGGGUCUGAGACCCUCUGUAGCAGAGAAAGAAAACGGAUGAAUCAUUCGCUUGCAGUCUGGUAAUAAAUUUUUUUUUUUAAUCUUUCAUACUCCUGUUGUUGCAUUUUUUAAAAACUGGCUCUUAGAUGUCCAGAAUUGUAUCCAUCAUAUUCUUGAGGUUCAUGACACAUCCUCACAAUUGGCUCAUAUACUGACUCAAAUAUUGUUGACUCAUAAAAAUUCAGGUUUUGUCUUCUCCUGAGAAACUGAAGGAUCCGGCAACACUGGUUCUAUUUCCCUGCAGGGCAACCAUUAGCAGCUGCUCAGAGUGCUGUCCCUCUUUAUACUGAUCUCUGUUGUCUCCUGACCAAGAGGCUUCAUGUCAGUUGAUGUACAUCAUUGGGCAUGAACUGUUACUUUUCUAAUAAAAUGGAGAGAGCUGUUUUAUUGCAUCUAUGCCAUCCAUUUACAUUACCUGCCUGGCAAGUGUCAUUUGAGUUUGAGAACUCUGCUUUCCUGGGCAACCCUUUUGACAUCCCUAAUAAUAGCUACCAUUCACUGAGCCCUUAUUAUAUGCAAGCACAAAACUAACACUUUUUGACCCAUUAUCUCUUUGAUCUCUAUAAAGCUCUAUGAGGUAAGUCUGAGCUGUCAUCUCCAUUUGACAAGCAUGGAAACUGAAGCUCGCAGAGGCAGGUAAUUUGUGCAAGAUUAUAAAACUUCUAAGUGGUGAUACUGAGACUUAAACUUUGAAUUCAAACCUUGGAUUCAAAGCCUAAAUCCAAAGCUAGGGUUUAAACUUUUUUUUUUUUAAAUUAUGCUGCUUCCCAGCCAAUCAUCUUUUAAUAAUAGAACUGCUGCUACCAUAUGGGGUUUCUCCCCCAUAUCUGGUCCAUGUGGUACUGAAUAUCAGGAAGACCCUCUUCCUGGUAUUCAGUGCCAACCCGGAGCUGUUGCUUUGUUGGAGAGGGAGGACAGGUAGUUCUGGGGUCACUAUGACUCUCAUAAAUUACUGAUCCUGGCACUGGUGUGUGUCUGUGUGGGGGGGGUGUGUGUGUGUGGGGUGUGUGUGUGUGUGUGUGUGUGUGUGUGUAGCUGGGCUGUCUCAGUGCUAUCCACAGGGAAGCUCCUAUAAAGGGCUCCAUCUCUGGCCUCACAGCUAUCAGAUCAUUGAGAUGUGGAAGCUGUUGCUGUGGGUUGGUGAGUGUGGCAGGUCCCAGCAGUGUCACUCAGUCCAGGAGGUGCCAGGCUUUAUGAGUUUGUCAUCUCUUUGGUUCCUGAGAUAGCAGCCUGAGACUCAGGGGGCCUGGAUUAGAUAGAGAUGGGAUGGGCUAUAGUGAACGGUCAGAGGUCAGAGGGCCCCAGGGAGAAAUGGUCAGAGCAGUGGUUCUGCAAUCUGGUGGCACAUUAGAAAUUUUAAAUGCUCGAGUUCCACCUUGGAUCAGUUCCAUCGGAAUCUCUGCAUGACCAGCCAGGAUAUCAGUGCUUCUUAAUUUGCAGCCAGGGUUGAGAACCACUAGCCUGAAGCUUUUUCUGGGACUUCUAAGACUCAUCGUUGUCCCUGAGCAAAGCAUGAGCAUAUACAUGUGUUUAUCAGAAGAAAAGGAACUUCUAUCUAGCUCCACUGGUCCAACUUUAGAGACUAGGAAAUGAGUGAAUGGUGUGUGUGUCCCCAUUUGUACGUCUGCAUCUGUGUAAGGUGCUGUGUUGGUGGGCGCCCUUGCUAACCAGAGGGUGUGCUGUGGUAUGCCACUCUGGGGAGGGUGUGAAUCUCUGUGUGACUCCUCCCUUUGCUUCCCGCAGGGCUGGUUCUUGUGCUGAAACACCACGAUGGUGCUGCCCAUAAACUGGUGUGUUAUUUCACCAACUGGGCACAGAGUCGGCCAGGUCCCGCCUCGAUCUUGCCCCAUGACCUGGACCCCUUUCUCUGCACCCACCUGAUAUUUGCCUUUGCCUCAAUGAACAACAAUCAGAUUGUUGCUAAGGAUCUCCAGGACGAGAAAAUUCUCUACCCAGAGUUCAACAAACUAAAGGAGAGGAACAGAGAGCUGAAAACACUGCUGUCCAUCGGCGGGUGGAACUUUGGCACCUCAAGGUUCACCACUAUGUUGUCCACAUUUGCCAACCGUGAAAAGUUUAUUGCUUCAGUUAUAUCCCUUCUGAGGACACAUGACUUUGAUGGUCUUGAUCUUUUUUUCUUAUAUCCUGGACUAAGAGGCAGCCCCAUGCAUGACCGGUGGACUUUUCUCUUCUUAAUUGAAGAGCUCCUGUUUGCCUUUCGGAAGGAGGCACUGCUCACCAUGCGCCCAAGGCUGCUGCUGUCUGCUGCUGUUUCUGGGGUCCCACACAUCGUCCAAACAUCCUAUGAUGUGCGCUUUCUAGGAAGACUCCUGGAUUUCAUCAAUGUCUUGUCUUAUGACUUACAUGGAAGUUGGGAAAAGUUCACAGGACAUAAUAGCCCCCUGUUCUCUCUGCCUGAAGACCCCAAAUCUUCGGCAUAUGCUAUGAAUUAUUGGAGAAAGCUUGGGGCACCCUCAGAGAAGCUCAUCAUGGGGAUCCCCACCUAUGGACGCACCUUUCGCCUCCUCAAAGCCUCUAAGAAUGGGUUGCAGGCCACAGCGAUCGGACCAGCAUCUCCAGGGAAGUACACCAAGCAAGCAGGCUUCUUGGCUUAUUUUGAGAUUUGUUCCUUUGUCUGGGGAGCGAAGAAGCACUGGAUUGAUUAUCAGUAUGUCCCAUAUGCCAACAAGGGGAAAGAGUGGGUUGGCUAUGAUGAUGCCAUCAGCUUCAGUUACAAGGCGUGGUUUAUAAGGCGAGAGCAUUUUGGGGGGGCCAUGGUGUGGACAUUGGACAUGGAUGACGUCAGGGGCACGUUCUGUGGCACUGGCCCUUUUCCCCUUGUCUACGUAUUGAAUGAUAUCCUGGUGCGGGCUGAGUUCAGUUCAACUUCUUUACCACAGUUUUGGCUGUCAUCUGCUGUGAAUUCUUCAAGCACUGACCCUGAAAGGCUGGCUGUGACCAACGCAUGGACCACUGAUAUUAAGAUUUUGCCCCCAGGAGGAGAGGCUGGGGUCACUGAGAUCAAUGGAAAAUGUGAAAAUAUGACUAUAACGCCUAGAGUUACAAUUGUGACCCCUACAAAGGAAACUGUAUCCCUUGGAAAGCACACUGUAGCUCUAGGAGAGAAGACUGAGAUCACUGGGGCAACGACCAUGACUUCUGUGGGUCAUCAGUCCAUGACCCCUGGAGAGAAGGCCCUGACCCCUGUGGGUCACCAGUCUGAGCUCCCUGGGAAGAAGACCCUGACCCCUGUGGGUCAUCAAUCUGUGACCACUGGACCGAAGACCCUGAUCUCUGUGGGUUAUCACUCUGUGACCCCUGGGGAAAAGACCCUGACCCCUGUAGGUCAUCCAUCUGUGACCUCUGUGAGUCAUCAGUCUGUGAGCCCUGGAGGAAUGACUAUGACCCCUGUUCAUUUUCAGACCGAGACCCUUAGACAGAAUACAAUGGCCCCUAGAAGGAAGGCUGUAGCCCGUGAAAAGGUGACUGUCUCCUCCAGAAAGAUAUCAGUCACCCCUGAAGGGCAGACUGUGCCUUUAAGAGGGGAGUAUUUGACUUCUGAGGUGGGUACUCACCCCCAGGAUGGGUAGCUUGGGUCUUUAGAGGGAAGCUGAAAACAGGAUGAUGCUGUCCUCCAGCCCUGUCAUCCAGCUCCCAGAACAUACUCCUCAAGCUUUUGACAACCACUUUGUUCCUGUCUAUGGAAACCAUUCCUCUGUCAACUCAGUAACCCCUCAAACAAGUCCUCUUUCUCUAAAAAAAGAAAUCCCAGAAAACUCUGCUGUGGAUCAAGGAGCCUAAGCCCUGCUGGUGUCAGAAACCAGGGAAAACCCUUGUCUUUUCUUCUAAGUGACAUGCUUCCUCAUCCCGGAGCAAAGCAGGCAUCAAAACCACAAUAGGCCAAUCUCUUUUCCAUUAAAUAAACUGUAAACACAAGAACCCA